AUGCCACACCUCUAUCCUCCACUCAGCACUUCCUUCACACUUCGCCCCUCUCCCCUCGUCCUCUGUGCUGUUCGUCUCCCCUCCGUCCUCUCUUCUCUUUUCGUCUCUCCUAGUCCUUCCCCUCCUUUCUUACCCUGCUCCCACCCUUCCCCGCCCUCCUUCCCUGCUCUCUCCUGCCACGUUCUCCCUCUCCCACUCUUUUUCCCAUCUCCCUCCUCCCCACUUCUCGCCCCCUCUUCGGCCUCUGGGUCUCCUCACCCACCUCGUGCUUGUGGUUUCGCCAUUCCUGUUCCAUUUCACUGUCCAUAUCCUUCUCCUCCUCCUCAUUGUCUCCUGGAGGUCACUGGUGUCCUAUCCAUCCUUAUACCUCUUGUUUCAUCCCGUACUUACUUCACCUCCAUCAGGUUCUCCAUCCUCUGUCUCGCACCUCGCAUUAGCCUCACAGAACAACCGUCAUCUCCUUUUCCCUGCUCUCCUGUCUCAUCGCCAUACAUCAGGUCGUCAUGCCUGUGUGCUCCUUCUCUCCGUCCUGGCCUUGUCGCCUCCCUCCUGCGCACGCCUUGCAUUGGGCUCGCCCCAUCAGCCAUGGCUCGGAUGACUGCAGUGGCCAUGCUGCUGCCAGGGCUGCUCGCAGCUGUCCUUCCCGCCAUCCCUGUCAUCGUCAGCAUCAUGCUACGUGCCAGGGAUGCCUGGCCUUUCACCACUGCAAAGGACGUGACACGCGGCAACCAGCAGGUCAACCACCCUUUCGCGCUUCCCUCUGCUUCCCUCGCUCAUCCCAAUGCCACUGCCAUGUGUCAGAAUGCCGCUUGCGGACCUCCCACUCCCGCCCAUACCAUCGCUUCCUCUCUUCUGCAUGCCCACGCUCUCAACGUGCCUCUUCACUUCCUCCGCUCCUUGCCUUCAGGUGCAAACCAUCUCCUCGUGCUGUACUCUGUCAUCUCCACUCUCAUCGCUAGUCUCAUGGCGCUGCUGUGGGGGAUGGGCGUGACCCACACGCAAGUCAGAGCAUGGGUGCAUCAGCGGGGCUUGGCUGUGACAGAUGGGCUGAUGAAGCUGAAGAGUGCAACCAAGUGCCGAGUGUCUCCAACUGUCCUAACCAUGCUGCAGCAACGCGGAAUCUUCCCUCUGCUUCACAACACCAUUGAGCAUGCCAGGACUGAGAUGGAGAGACUAGGAAAGGCUGUUGGGACUGUCGUGGCGAGUAUGGGUGGAACACACGGGUGGAAGGAGGCGAUGGAGAUGAGAAUGAGGGUGCUUGGCGUGCAGCUGGAAGAGACACGGAGGGUGUUGGAGGAGGCUGAGCGGGGACGAGAGAUUGAAAUUAGGGGAAUGAGGGCGCAAGUGGAGGAGAGGGAGCGGGAGCUGGGUGCAGUAUUGGCUGCAGCAAAGAGGGAGGUGAAUGCAGUGAAGGGGGAGUUGGUUGAACACAAGCAGUCAACUACGUUGCAGCUGGAGGAGGCUGAGAGGAGACGAGUGGCGGAGAUGAGAGGGCAGGUGGAGGAGAGGGAGAGAGAGCUGGGAGUAGUGAAGGGGGAGGUGAAUGCAGUGAAGGGGGAAGUGAAUGCAGUGAAGGGGGAAGUGAAUGCAGUGAAGGGGGAAGUGAAUGCAGUGAAGGGGGAAGUGAAUGCAGUGAAGGGGGAAGUGAAUGCAGUGAAGGGGGAAGUGAAUGCAGUGAAGGGGGAAGUGAAUGCAGUGAAGGGGGAAGUGAAUGCAGUGAAGGGGGAAGUGAAUGCAGUGAAGGGGGAAGUGAAUGCAGUGAAGGGGGAAGUGAAUGCAGUGAAGGGGGAAGUGAAUGCAGUGAAGGGGGAAGUGAAUGCAGUGAAGGGGGAAGUGAAUGCAGUGAAGGGGGAAGUGAAUGCAGUGAAGGGGGAAGUGAAUGCAGUGAAGGGGGAAGUGAAUGCAGUGAAGGGGGAAGUGAAUGCAGUGAAGGGGGAAGUGAAUGCAGUGAAAGGGGAAGUGAAUGCAGUGAAGGGGGAAGUGAAUGCAGUGAAGGGGGAAGUGAAUGCAGUGAAGGGGGAAGUGAAUGCAGUGAAGGGGGAAGUGAAUGCAGUGAAGGGGGAAGUGAAUGCAGUGAAGGGGGAGGUGACGACAGUGCAGGGCGAGGUAAAUGCAGUGAAGGCGGAGGUGAAUGCAGUGAAGGGGGAGGUGAAUGCAGUGAAGGGGGAGGUGGCAGCAGUGAAAAGCGAGAUGGCUGAGCAGAAGCAGUCAACCACAUUGCAGUUAGAGGAGGCUGAGAGGAGACGAGUGGCGGAGAUGACAAGGCAGGUGGAGGAGAGCGAGCUGGCAGCAUUGCAGGGGGAGGUGAAUGCAGUGAGGGGGGAGCUGGCGGAACAUAAGGAAGUUCUCGUGAUUGACUUGAAAAUCAAAGAAAGUGAAGGCGAUCAGAAGACGGCAUGGCAGCGAAUCAAGGCAGCAUCACAAAGAACGGCUCUGGAGCUGGAGAAUCUUAGCAACGUCUCAGAUGCCAUGCUCGCCCAUGUGUCCACCAUGACGCAACUGUCAAAAAUUGUCUUGUACCAUUCCUCGGGCUUCAGUGCAGAGGGCAUCAGGCACCUCUACAAGCUGCCAAAGCUGGAGACUCUAGACCUUAGAGGCACAGAGGUCUCAGACAGUGCGUUGGAAGGCAUUGGGGCCUUGACCAGUCUUGAGGACCUCCUCCUCCAUCAGACCAAGGUGACAGAUGCUGGUCUACCUCACUUGACAGGCCUUUCUUCUCUCGAAUUGUUGGGGCUUGGUGGAUGCAAGGGUGUGACAAAUGCUGGCAUGGUGCACGUGGGAAGGCUGACGCAGCUGGAGAACCUUAAUCUGGAAGUUGCAGCAAUCACGGAUGCCGGGCUGCAGCAGCUGACUGGUCUGACCAGUCUGAGAAUGUUCCGACCGCCAGAAGGGGGUUGCCUUAAGAACGAAGAUGCACGCAGGCGGAUACGCAGGUAG